AUGUUGGUCACUGCCGCGCGUCACGUUAGUUUAUCACAGACGAACACGUGGAUCGGAAUUGAAUUCAUUUCUCCUAGAGCUGGUGAAAUUUUGGCUAAUUAUCAAGAUUAUAAAGUAGAAUUUAAAAUAGAAAAAAGCGGUAUAAUUGUACUUGGCCUUGACUUAUAUGAUGAAAAAGGAAAUUUUGUUGAAUCAUUAAAGCCAGCAAAGGGAGCUGAUAGUUUGUCCAAUAUUGAAUAUGAGGCUUGGGCAUAUGUAAAACUUGAAGUUCCUUUAUCCAUUACAUUACCUGCUAGAUUUAAGCUUAAAGUUUUGGCCACAACUAAAUAUGACUUGCUUUGUUCUAAAUUUAGUAAACUUUUUAAUAUAUGGGAACAAUAG